AUGUCCAAUCAACGACUCAAAUCCCUAAUUCAAACAUUUGCAUACGACGAGAAAGAAAAACCAUCAACCCUGAAUUCAACAAUCUCACAUCCACGAAUAUCAAAACCGAAACCAAAACCGAAACCAAAGCCCACCACCAACUCCACCACAGGCUCCUCCAACAUAAAACUACCAAAUCUAAACCCAUCACUUUCAUCCAACUUGCAUAUAAUAUUCGUCGGAUUCAAUCCCGGUAUCCAAUCCUCAAUCCAACAACACCACUAUGCCCAUCACAGUAAUCUAUUCUGGAAACUAUUCAACCAAUCCCAACUUCUUCAAAAAAUCUGCGACACCCACCAGAUCCCAACUUCAUCAGAUGACAAAUAUCUACACACGCUACUUCAAAAGGGCAGUAGUCAUCUAGAUGAUUGGGGAUUGAUAAAAUAUGGUAUAGGAUUCACGGAUCUUGUUCUACGAUGUACGAAACGUGCUGAAGAAUUAUCAAUGGUUGAAAAAUUGGAAAAUGUGCCUCGAUUAUUGCAAGAAUUUAAACUGAGUAAGGUUGAGAAUGUUGUGAUUGUAGGCAAGGGGAUCUGGGAGAUGAUUGUGAAGUAUAUUGCCCAGGAAAUUAAGGUGAAGUUGAAGUUAAAUAAAGUUAAUUUCAUCUGGGGGAAAGUGGAAGUUGGAAAUGAUGAGAUAUAUAAUUCGGCGAUUGAAUGGUUGAAUGAGAAAUUAGAGAGGAGGACUAUAGUUUGGGUAUUUCCGAGUACUUCUGGGUUGGUUGGUAGCAUGUCAUAUGCUAAUAAGCUACAAUUAUGGAACAAUCUAGUUGACCAUAUAUCAUAA